CCUAUCUAGAUCCUGUGGUCCUUAGACAACAGUUUGUCAGUCCAGUGGGUAGGUCUAAGUGGUGAGGAGUGGGAUAGUCAUUGUCGUGAACCGGAUACCAUGGAUGACUACCCUAUGUACGGUCUGCUCGUGGGGUUCCCCCUUUGGGGGACCCUCUGGCGUCUCCCAUUUCCGUUGGGCUUCUGGAACACCAUGACGUGUAGAGUAGAGAUCUGGGGUGGCACUAGUACCACUCCUUACACCAAGGAGCAGGAGGAGGCGGCUGCGAGGAUCUUGGCCGAGCAGAAGGCCAAGAAAGAGGAGGAGGUUGUGAAGCAGGCCAAGAAGCUGGCCUUGCUACAGGAGCAGGCCGUGAAAAGAAAGAAGUUGGGAGGAGUUAGAAAGGGUGAAAAAAAAAAGGAAAGAAAGAUGAAAGCAGCGGAUGCAGAAGAAGAAGAGAAAACGGUGGAAGAAGAAGUGCCCCUGAUUAGAAGAAGUAUUUGGGACAGAGGCGAGACAAGUGGCACAAAGAAAGAAGAUUCCUGGUUGGAGAAGAUUUCUAAAUGGGUUGCCAAUCUGUCUUUGGGAGAAGAGGAGGUGAUGAUGUUAUAUGUUCCCAGGGAAGAGCAUAAGGCGGUCGUGAAAAAAAUAGAAGCCGAGGAGAAAAAGUUGGAGUGGAAGUUGACUGACCAGGGAGAGGAAGAAGAGAAUGGAGGUGGCGAAAGAAUUGGAGGAGGUGAAACAGCUGAGGGUGCAGAUGGAGGCACAUGCGGAUUUUCAAGGGAAGAUGGAGGUAAUGACAAGGAAUAUAGAACGCCUAGCACAGGCCCAGGAGGAGCAAUACCUAUGAGAUUAGAGAGCACAAAGCGAUUAUGUAUUGAUGCCAUAGAGGGCGCCAAGUUGGCUGCACCAAAAGAGGAGGAAGCUCGUCCCCGUAGGGAGUCCGUUAAGGUGAAGUUCCCCGAUUCCUAUAGUGGGAAGGAGGAGGAGAACUUCGACAACUGGGAGGCCAAUGUUAACUCCUACGUGCAUCUGCAAAAGAUAUCUCCUGACGAACGUGUCCUAAUAGCUUUUCAUGCCCUCAAAGACGAAGCAGCAAGCUUCGCCAUGUCAUUGUGUCGUGAUGCAAAUUGCAAUAACGAUAUGGUUGCCUAUUCCGCCCUCACCCCUCUCAGUGAGUUCUUCAAAUUGUUGCGCGGAAGGUUUGCAGAUGUCACAGGAAGCGUUAGAGCUUUUGACAAAUUACAAACCAUUCUUCUCGCACAUGGAGGAGUGUCAAGGCACCCAAGGGUGUCAUGGAUGAGUUAGUCACCAUCCUUGAUGAUGCGGUCAUUGAGACCCAAUUAGUCCACCCAUUGUAUCGUGCUAUGCCUG